UUCUAUAUAAAUUCAUUUCGAAAUCUAGGCACCUUAACUUUUACUAUCAUAUGUCGAUAAUUAUCAAAAACAACGCGCAAAACAGUUUGUCUUUCUUCACUAAAAAUUAAUAUUUGCAAGAAUGGGCGACACUCAGCAUUUAACUAUUGGCUCUAAAAAGCCCAUAUAUCCGGAUGAUGGGAUCUUAAAGCUGUAUUCGAUGCGCUUUUGUCCAUUUGCACACCGUGUGCACCUGGUCCUGGAUGCCAAAAAGAUUCCCUACCACGCUAUCUACAUCAAUCUUGACAAGAAACCCAAGUGGUUCUCCCUGGUGAGCAGCUCCACCGAGGUGCCGGCACUGGAGUUGGUCAAGGAGCCGGGAAAUCCUGUGCUGAUCGAGUCGCUCAUUAUUUGUGACUACCUGGACGAGAAGUAUCCGGAGGUGCCAUUGUAUCCCACGGAUCUGCUUAAGAAGACCCAGGAGAAGAUCCUAAUCGAACGUUUUGGAGAGUUUAUCAGCGACUUCUUCUACCUGGUACAGCACGAAGAUUCGGAGCAGCUGGUCGACACCGAUCUCUACGCCGGACUGGUCGCUUACGAGGAGGAACUAAAGAAACGUGGUACCAAGUUCUUUGGUGGCGCCAGCCCAGGAAUGCUAGACUACAUGAUGUGGCCCUGGUGCGAGCGUUUCGCCUCUUUGAAGUUCACUUUUGAUGAGAAAUACGUAUUGAGCCCGGAACGUUUUCCAACUUUGAUUAAGUGGCGCGACUUGAUGCUCCAGGAUCAUGCUGUCAAGCGUUUCUAUCUGGAUGGUCAGGCCCAUGCCAAAUACGUAGACUCCCGGCGAUCGGGCAACGCGGAUUACAAUAUGCUAUACAAUGAGGCUAAGCGUGUCAAAUUGGGCUAGUCCUCAGCAUUGUAUAAAUUUUUGCACAUAGAAUUAUCAAACUACUGCGACAGCCUUAUUGUGAUUGAAAAAUAAA